AUGUUUGUUUUCGGAGGUCGAAGGGCACCCCCAGGUCAGUUAAAAAAAGAUUUUUCAUAUCCCUACAAUACAGUGCUAACUUUUUCCUCCUCGUCGUUGCACUGGCCACCACGGUGCGACGACGCCGCUCUGGCCCAACACUCCCACACUCUCCUGCCACCUCGGUCCCCCAUCCUCCUCUGCCCUCCUCGUUUGCGCGAGGAGCUGACACGCAGACAGCCAGGCAACACCGCGCGGCUGUGCGAGGUCGACAGCCCCGCCCUCUCACCAUGGCCUCGCACUCCCCUUGUGCUUCGCCUCUCUGUCCUCCAGCCUUCUCGUUCGCGCGAGGAGCUGACACGCGGACAGCCAGGCAACACCGCACGGCUGCGCGAGGUCGACGGCCCCGCCCUCUCACCACGGCCUCGCACUCCCCUCGCCCUUUGCCCCUCUGUCCUUUGGCCUUCUCGUUCGUGUGAGGAGCCAACACGCGAACAGCCAGGCAACACCGCACGGCUGCGCGAGGUCGACGGCCCCGCCCUCGCACUGCCACUUCGCACUCCCCUCGCCCUUCGCCCCUUCCUCCGACCUCCUCGUUCGCGCGGGCAGCCGACACAUGAACGGCCAGGCACUGUUUGUUGUUUCCCGCUGCUCUGA